AUGAAGUUCAUCAUUCUUUUCGCUGCUCUCUUCGCCGUUGCUCUGGCUGCGCCCGCCCCUGAUGCAGAAAUCCUACGUCAGGAUUCCAAUGUACAGCCUGAUGGCUACAAUUUCGGUCUUGAACUCACCGAUGGCACGAAGAAGGAUGAGCAGGGAAGUCUUAAGAACGUUGGAACCGAACAGGAAGGCAUCGAGGUGCGCGGCUCCUACUCUUGGGUGGAUGAGAAAACCGGCCAAACAUACACCGUUAACUACAUUGCCAAUGAGAACGGCUAUCAGCCCCAAGGAGCCCAUUUGCCCCAGUAA